AUGUACAACAGAAUAGGGUCACAGACACCGAGAGGGUCCGGAACCAAUGGCUAUAUCCAGACAAACAAGUUCUUCAUCAAAUCCAAGACCGGCAAGGUCGCCGCCGAGAACUCCAGAGGCUUCGAGGGCGACCAGGGCAUGGCCAAGAAGCCCAACAAAGACAUCCUUCUCAAGCUCCAGAUUGAGCUCCAUCUUGUUGUCCUCGAGGACAAUUUCACCGAUCAGGGCUUCACCAACGUUGAGAUUCCUGACAAGGUCGCCCAGGCCAGGAGGACUCUCGAAGCCACCGCCGCCGCCUCCAAGGACCUUUAUAGCAGUGGUAGCCCUCCAAAACCUGAUAAAAAGAAAAGGCGUCGGAGUAGAAGCAGCAGCAGUGACAAAGAUGAUUAUGAAGUUAAUACAUCGAAAAACAAAGUUGAGAAAUACAAAAAAAAGGGCAGCAGAGGUAUGAUUCAGAAGAAGAUGAUUCUGAAGUUGAUGUUGACAAGAAGCAGAAGGUUGAAAAGAAGCAUAGUAAAAGCCGAAACAAUAGAGCUGAUGAUUCUGUUACCAGUGGUGAUGUGGAGGCCAGAUCCAGAAACGAAAUUAAGAAAUCUAAACGACCCCGUAGGAGGCAUGAUUCAGAUGAAGAUCGAUGAUGUUGACAAGAAGAGGAAGGUUGUAAUGAAGCAUAAUAAGACUAGAAACGAUGAUACUGAUGAUGAUUCUGCUGCCAGUGAAGAUGCCGAGGAUAGAUCCACAAAGGAAGUCUAG